AUAUGCUCAUCGAAAACUUUUCAGUGAAAACUUUCAGUUCUCACGAUAAUUUUAAUCGCGGGGCGCUUUAAAAUGGACCGAAAAAGUUUCCAUUUUGAGUUUGUUAGUUUAAACAGUUGAAAUAAUAUGAUGCAGGAGUGUGGAAUGACCUCCGGACCAAAAGAAGUAACAUGAAUCAAGAGCAGUUUCCAGCGGGACAAAGAUCUGGCAACGAUCCAAAAUUCACGGCCAAACGAAACAGCGGCCUUUUCGCCUUCUUCAAAUGGUUCAAGCCGUCGACGUCGCGAGAAUCAAUCGACACCGACUCACGCACCAGCAGCCUCGACAGUCUGGAUUCGAAUAAGAGUGCCGGCACGGUCGCGUCAUUUUCGUUCGUGCCUCCCGGUGCAUACGAAAAACGCGUAGUGGUCGAAAAGUGCAUACAGGUUGGCCCCGAAACCGACACCUAUAAAGCGCGACUCCGGCAACGCGAUCGACGAAGAGAGUACGACAAAAACGUGACGCUGAGGAAAAAGUACAACCUGUUUUUCAACCGCGAUUCGCUGUUGAAACCUCAACAAUUAACGGAGGAGGAGAAUUCCCGAAGUUUGCCUCUGAUGACGCGCGCUGAACAAAUGGAAGUGGAACAGCCCAAAGUGCAUCGCAGGACGAAUAGCGAAUCGUCCAAAGUGCGCAAAGCAGGCGCUUACCUCCACGUCAAAGGCAAAAGGAGAGCUCCUCAACCUCCGGUCGGGAAACAGUCAAUGGACGUUUCCUCAACCGCCAGUUUGAAGAGGAAGAAACGUUUGGCACCGGCCCGUCCCGACCAGGACGUUCUAUGCAACGACUCGUUGAAAUUGGAGGACGGCGUUUUGAGGUCUGCUAAGGAUGAUGGAAAAAACGCAACCGAAACGAAUCAAGGUAUGAAUCCUCUAAGUCCUUCGUCGUCCAGAACUAGCUUCGUAGACACCCCGGUAUCCCCGAGACCUUGGUAUAAACGAAACUCGACCGUUAGCCAGCAGACGUCCGGCAAAAAGGAAAGUAAAUACGAAGCGGCGGAGCGCCUCCCCGAAGUCCAGUACGUGAGGAACUCCACGCUGGACUUGACUUUAGAGGAAGUCGCACCUAGCUGCGAUAAGAAAAAAGAGGAGAAACGGAAAUCGGGAAUGUCCUUCUUGACGAACAUCAGCGAAUUGGACCGGGAAGCUACGGAGAUCAUCAGGAGCAAAGAUCAAGAGAAAAACGGCGUGUCGAGCAACGAAAUUCCCGAAUUUAUGAAACCCAGAGACUCCAAAGCGGGCGUUCAGGACAGCUGGUCGUCUCCGAAGCGAAGAUCGGCGCGAGAUUUGAUAGCCAAAUUUAAUGCUAUAACCAAUGUAACGAAAGCGACCGUAUUCGGCGCGUCGCAAAAGGAAAAGUAUUUCGGAAAACAACACAGCCUGGACGAAACGCGCAGACAGGAAAACCUGCUCGGCGCGCACAAGAAACGAAUAGAAGAGAUCGGCAAGAAAAAAGAUGAAAAGUUCAAUCCCCUGAUCAAGUCUGAGAGUGCGAGCGCGGUCAAGCAGACGAGCGGGGAAGCCGACACUCCAAAGUCCGAAAAGAAAAGCUGGAAAUGUCCGAAGUGUAAUUUGGAAAACGAGUACUGGAGGAUAAUAUGUCAAGUUUGUUCGGCCAUCAAGCCUUAUUUCGACGAAUUUGCGCCAUCGACCAAGUGCGGGGUGGAAACAAAACCACUAGAACCGAAAACUUCCAGCCCAGUAAUCUUAAGGAAAGAACAAGCGCAAAACGAGAGGGUCUUUGAGAGGUCCAAAACGCAGAUCGGCUUUUCCGCUCUGGCUAGUUAUAACCACGGAAAGAAAAAACUGAACCAGGACGACGAUAAGUCCAAAGUAGACGAUACGAGUAAGAAGGAAGAGAGAGAGAAACUGAAAAGGAUGCUGAUCGAGAUGAAAAACUCGCUGCCGAAGAGGAAGUCGAAUAUCUUGUUGAAGCAAAGUAGCAGGUCCAGCGUGAUUCUAGAAAAACCCGAGGAGGUUAAAGAUCAGGGAACCGAAGAAGAAAAGGAGAACGUUGUCGAACAGAAGACGGAAGAAGAGAAGAUCGCGGAAAUUUUGAUCGGGCAGACAAAGACUAUUUACGAGAACAUUAAAGUAAGGAAAUCCGACAAUCCGAAGCCUUUAAAAGUGUCUUCGGCCGCCCAAACAAGCGGCGUGGUCAAAAAAACUGUGCCCGAGAACAGUCUGAAAGAACUAUUGGAAAAUCACAAAUCGGCCAACGUUUACGAACCGAUGAAGGUUGAGGACUUCGAAGAUAUUUACUCGGACAAGAAUGGCAAUUCGGCGGCGAGAAUUUACGCGAAUCUGGCGCAAAGCGAUGAGCUCUCGUUAUUCUUUAACUUGCCUAAGAUUAGCGCACAAGCGAAAAAUGACGGCAAGAAACAAAAGUCUGCCAGUAAAUUCAACACCGACACGAUAGAGAUCAACAGACGGUUGAGGAAGUUGGAGUCUGCCAUAGCCAAAGGUGAUAUGACCGAUGCGGCGAUUUUCGCGAAAGAACUUGCGCAGCUCAAGGUCAACUGUUCUGUCAUUAGGCAGAAACCUCAAGGGCAAUCAGGACUCGAUAAAAAGGGAUUUCAGAUCGAGAUGUACGUCGAGGAUAAAGUUUCGCAUAGGGGUCCCUUCGCCGUCGAUGUCCGCGAGAACUUGACAGUGGCGGAGUUGAAGCGGCAGAUCUUCAAAGAGUUCGAAAUACCGGUCGAAGUUCAAAAAUGGAUUUUGGGAAAGGAACUGGUGACGAACGACGCCGGUACAUUAAAAGACUACAAUAUUACCGCGGGAUGUCCCGUAUUUUUGUACUUGGUCGCACCGGAAAAUAAAAGUGAAGAAAAGGCUUACACAAAUGCUAAACCAUCAGUCGAUUCGUCCAAUCUUCCUUCAACGUCUUCGGUUUCCACCCCUCAAGCAAUACCAACUUCCGAUGCGAUAACCGCUAAUACCAAUCGAACGAAAUUGAAAACCCAGGAUUAUGAUUUAAAACCUGAACGAUGUUCGAAAGGGUCGCCAAAAAAAAUAGACACACCUGAAUCCGGCGCAAGUAACAAUGCUCAAGUGAAAAUCCCUUUUCUUAAUUACGUACCAAAAAUAGUCAAUGUCAUACCCAAAUCAUCAGAGGUCAUUCCGAACAAUGCGGACAUGGAAGCUGCUCCUUCACAGAGUCAAGCGAGGAAACUUUCUCUAGAGGAAACGAAACGGAUUGUUAGUAAAUAUCUACCCACUCCAUCGGUAUCUAUCACUGAGUUUAAAGUCGACGUAGUCCCUGUAGUCACCAAACAGCCGAGAUUGGAAGCGCAGAAGGUCAUUUUAGACGAUGCGCCCGGGCAGUCCUGUAGUAAAACUGAUUUAAAAGUGAAAGAAACCUCCAAAGUUGAAUCGAAAAUUAUGCUCGCGCAUAACGAGAUCGCAGUAAACGCGAGCGAACUUAAAGUGCUAAAUAAACACAGCGAUCGGAAAAUAAAUCAGAAAAGGACAAGUUCCAUUCCACCCACCGAAGCCCCCAGAGCUCAGGCCGAAGAAGAUUUUGAUGACUCGAACACCCUCAAAGCUCCCAAGGAGUGGGAGUGUCACUUGUGCACUCUGCUCAACCCCAUUUCCAGCAAUGUUUGCGCGGUGUGCGCCACGGUACGACUCAGCAGAACUCCUCUCAGAAGUUCGGCUAAGAAAAAAGCACCUCAGCCGGAACAAACUUAUCAACAGCUUGUGAAUUUGGACAAUGCGGACUUGGUAUCGAACGCGGAGCCAUUUGAGUGCGUGGUGUGUUUGAUUGAAGUGCCCGAACACGACGGUGUGACUUUGAGGGAGUGUUUACACCAGUUUUGUAGACAAUGCUUAGCUCAUACGGUCGAGUACACAGAAGAUGCCGAGGUCAAGUGCCCUUAUAGAGAUAACAAUUAUUCCUGCAACAUCGCGUUGCAAGACAGAGAAAUCAAGGCGUUGGUAUCUUCGGCGAUGUACGAGCAGUACUUAGCGAAGUCGGUUGCUCAGGCGGAAAACAUGACUGACAAAUCGUUCCACUGCAAAACUCCUGACUGCAAGGGAUGGUGUAUUUUUGAAGACAACGUCAACGAUUUUAAAUGUCCCGUCUGCAAAAGGAUCAAUUGUCUUACAUGCCAGGCCAUACACACCGGUAUGAACUGCAAGCAGUAUCAGGAAAAGAUGAAGUCCGAGUCUGAAAUCGACGAGGACGCUAAAAGGACGAAGGACAUGUUGGAGGGGAUGGUCGAGAAAGGAGAAGCGCUGACCUGUCCUACUUGUAAAGUUAUUUUAAUGAAAAAAUGGGGCUGUGAUUGGUUGCGUUGUUCGAUGUGCAAAACGGAAAUUUGCUGGGUUACGCGGGGGCCCCGAUGGGGCCCGGGCGGCAAAGGGGAUACGUCCGGCGGCUGCCAGUGCGGCGUCAACGGGAUCAAGUGUCACCCGCAGUGCAAUUAUUGCCAUUAGCGUCAAUUAAUUCUAUACCUUAUAUCAUUGUUAACUUUUGUUUUUUAGUUUAAUAUUUUUAGCAUUGCCAUUGUUAGGAUUUGAUUGAUGUUUUCGGUUUUUCUCGUUUUUAGAUGAACUCUUAUUAUGCUGCGCACGUACUGGUUGCACUAAAAAUAUGAAAUAGUGAGACUAUUUUAGUAUUUUUAUACGAAUAGGAAAUGCUGCGCUGUCGCAGUUUAGGUGAUUAUUUCAUUAAUAUUAUCGAUGCAAAUUAUUGUUACAUUAUUUGAGUGUGGAUGGAACAGCUAACACGAUAUAUACGAAAUAGUAGGAUUUCGAAAAGAAAAAUAUAAUCGUUGCUCUGAAUGUAUUUGUUAAUGUUAGAUUUUUGGUACUAUUUUUGCAAUCUGCAUGACUGAUCUAACGAAAACUGCCUUACAUAGUAAACCGAAAUUUAAAAAAAAACUGCAUUUUUAUUUGCGCAUUGAGAGAAAAUCUGAAAUUUCCCAAAUCAAAGUGAACACAGUAAAUCGAAAGGUUAAUCGUUAAGCAGCAAUUUUUACGCAAAAUAAAGUUAACCAUUAAACAUUAACCCUCCAACUAUAAUUACAUUAUUUUUCGAAUGGGAUAACA